AUGAAUAUCUACGACUAUGAUUCUAUCGGGCUGGACAAUGCGAUUGGUCGGCUUCGUGUUGACUUAAAGAACGUGGAUAUGAAUCACUUUAUCGGCAAGACGAUGGAAUUGACCGGAUGGCUGGAGAAGGGAGAAGACAUGGAUUUGGGAACUGGAGAUCUUUGUGUGGUGCUAAAGCAAAACUCGGCCGAUCAGUCGCUACACGUCACGGUGCUGGAGGCGAAGCGGCUGAAGUUGGACGAAUCCAGACUGGGUGGAGUUCCGGACACCUUCGUCUCGGUGAAACUGCAGUACGGCAGAAGGACCCUGAACGUCAAACACACUGUGGUCCGACACAGCACCAAAACGCCCUACUUCGGUGAUGUUCUAGUCUUCCCCAUCAAGUCCUCUAAACUGCCACUUGCCAAAGUCGUCUGCAAACUUAAAUACAAGUCAAAGCUUGGAAUCAAGCAUGUGCUGGGCCGCGUAGUCAUCGGCCCUGAGGCCGAUGUAGCUGGCAAGAAGCAGUGGCAGGAGAUGCUGAACGAUCCAAGACGAGCAGUCGCCAUGUGGCACACGCUCUACCCUUCCAAAUAUGAUGCUACAGACGAGUAA